GGAAGUGUCCUGACACUUCCAUCUCCUCCUGCCCUUCGCGUUCUCUUCAUUUUCCCCCAGUGCCCAAGAUACACAAUCCUACUGCUCAUUGUCGUUCUCUAGGGGGCUUCUCUACAUGAACUCUGUCUUAGCUCUACACCCGGAUAUCUUCUUUCAUCCAGCACGCGUACUCUGUUAACCUCGCUGGAAUAAUACACCAUGCCUCUCAUUGUACCUGUAUUACGGGUUUUCUUCACGCUCUUGAAUGUUUUUGAGACAUACAAGACUCUCAAGAUGCCGCCUCCCUCAACAAGGAAUGGUGGCCACCCGACCAUUCGUGCAAUGAGUCAAAGAAAGCGCGCAAUGAAGGGAUGCAUGACUGUCUGGCUUGUAUGGUGCUGCCUUUUUAUAUACGAACGAAGCUUUGACGGUGUCGUCGGGUUGUUCAUCCCGUUCUACCAUGAACUGAAAUCCCUAGUCAUACUAUUCUUUCUCCUUACUCGCGCUCGGGGCGCCGAACCGAUAUUUCUCCAUGUCUUGCGUCCCUUCAUCAAGCCAUACGUGUCCACUCUGGACGCGUUCUUUCACGUCAUGCAAUCUUUUGGAGAUCUACUUCUCCUUAUGGCUGCACUCCCCAUCGAAUUCUGUAUAUCCCAUUAUCGCUAUUGGACUAAAUCUCCGGAAGAGGAAUCAGUAGAUGACAACAUUCCGGAGCCUCAGUCGCAUCAGAAUCGUGAACGACCUGCAAAUGGCUUGCAUCGCGUGGAUUCCACCGAGUAUGGCACCGUUCGUUCCAGGCGACAUGCAUUGGACAAUGCUCACGCUAAAGCGAGCGCUGCUCAAGAUGGUGUAGCCCCGCCGUCAAGGUCAGGCUCUCAACCAUAUGAAGUUUGGCAUCCGCCACAAUCUCCGUAUGAACAUGACGGUCUUCCGACUCCUCCAUAUGAGGAUGCUGAAUUUGACGCGCUGAAUACCGAAAUCCAGGCUGAUCUCGACUGGCGCAAAUAUGAACCCUUUCCCUCGGCAUACCCACCAACGCCGCUCAACCCUAAUGCCAAACUGCCGCCCACUAAUCAUGAACCAAUGGAUGGAAUCGAAGAAGAGCCCGGCGUUGUCGAUGAAUGGCGGAAAUACGAACCUUUCCCGUCUGCAUACCCGCCAACACCUCUCCCUCGGCGGAAACAUCUGCCGUCUGAGCUUACUUCUACACUGAGUCAUAUACAGGAAGAAUCAGUAGAACAUGAAUCUCCGUCUGAGGAUGAUACCACAAUCACCCAACAUACCCAUCGGCGGCCGGGUUUUCGUAGGUCGCUCAAGCCGCCGUAUGAUCACACGAACCCCGAUCAUGCUGGUAACUGGAGCGACGACAAAGAGAACGUCCCGGGGGUUCGCCACCUUGCUCAAACUUCUACGGAGGGCGAGGGUGAGAUGGAUAUUGAUAAUGAAUACGAAGCGGACAAUGAUGAAGAUAUGGAAGAUGAGGACAGCUUCAAUGUGACGCUCCAGACGCCUUUCCCGCUGUCAAAACAAGAGAAUCUGUCACAUUUCUCAACAGCCUCAACUGAUGAUGGGCCGGAUAAUUCCACUGGUUUAAGCACGGUGGACAAUGGAUCGCCCUUUCGAACCAGGGCGAAUUCCGAGAUUCCUCCGACCACCUCGUUGGUAGGCACCAAACGCCCGUACACUGGAGUGGACGGGGAAGACCUUACUGCCCGAGUCAGACGAUUGGAGGCCAUGCGUGCUGCUGCAAAUGCACGUAGGGUACCUACCAGCCAAAUGCGGACUCCACCGCGACGUUCUACACGAGUACGUGCCACAGGUUCAACGGCCAGCAACACUGUUAGCGAGAAGGAACAUGACACCAGUGACGCUGAGUCUUCAUCGUCUGCUACGAAGAAGCGUAGGAUUGGGUCCUCAUCCGGCGUUGUUUCCGUACGUCCUAAGAUAGGUGGCAAAGUGGAAGCAAGAGCCAAACCUUCCGUGGUGAAACCUGCUGUUUCCGGGACCAGAGUACGCAGAGCCCCAACCGUUUCACGGGCAUCUUCAGGAAUUGCGAGAUCCGGUACGGAAGCCAAGUCGGGCAUAGGCAAACCCCCUCUCCCAAAGCCUGUGGUUGCUUCGCAGAAGAAGGUCGCGGACUCAGUCAACUCCACGACAGAAAGGAAAUCGAGGGGUUCGGUACGGCACUGACUUUUUUUUUCAUGGUAAGUGCAAGGGUGUGACAACUGGUAUGAAGAUGCUGAUCCAUACAUCAGGUUGAUUUAGGCAUUUAUCGGACUAUGCAUUUACUGUUCUAUACACACAAGCAAUUCAAUUUAUAUACCAGUUCAGCGUGCACGCCUAGGCGGCCUCGCAUAAUAAGGAAGCUCGUCAUGUCCGUGUAAAGAAUUUGCGUAUACUUCAAAGAUGUGCACCGCAAGUACGCGCCAUGAUCAUCAAUGCUUAUGGUCUAUGUGUCCUUGUAUCUGUUGCACCAAUAACCAUGUACCUGAUUGCAUCGCGUUCCUUGUCACGGCGUUUUCACAUUUAUGCUUCUCGUCGAGUCGUUCCGCUCCAGCA